AAUAAAAGAUUGUUACUUAGAACAAGGUUUUGAAAAUAUAGCAAAUAUAAUCUUCUCUUCUCAAAUCAAGACAUACAAGGAACAUACAAAUUCUCCUUGUUUAGUAAAUGAACAGUCAUCAAAACAACAUGGCUAAGACUAAGCCCUGAUCAGGUCAUGAUCCAUAACUAUGUCUUCAAUUCCAGAGAAUCCUUAAUUUGUUGGAUGAGUUGUUUCGCUGCCAAGGCACUCUCCUGGAAGUCAUAAAUAAAAGAAUAGUUUACAGAUUACACAAGUACCUGCCAAAUCAAAGAUUACAGACUGAUACAAACUCUUUCCAAAAAAUCUAAGCUUGGAAUUACUCACAGUCUGUUAAAACGAAUAACCUCAAUAUGCAAAGAGACUACACUGCAUCCCAAACUACACCAACAAUACAAAGUACAUCAUAUGCAUAGUUAACAGUCUCUAUAAAGAUAAGAUAACCAAAGCAUGUAGUUAACAGUCUUUUCAAAGAGAAGAUAACUAAAAGAUAUGUUAUCAUGAAAGUCUUGGCUUCUCGUGCAUAAAAAUUAAGAAUUAAGAAGAGUGAAUUUAGAAUAGUUAGGGAUAGGAAAGAAAAAAAAACUAAUGUAGACCAAACGUGACCAUUGCUUUGUGGUAAGAAGAUCACUUUACAGUCUUGGCUUCUCGUCCAUAGAGUGUUAUUUAUCAUAAUGCAAAGUAGUGUACACUACAUGCAUUGGUCAUGAUCUUUUUUUUUCUAUUUGGUCAUGAUCUUAAAAACAAAAAGCUAAUAUAAAGAUAGCCGUUGCUUCCCGCCAACGCAACCGUGAUAGUUAGAAAGUAGCCAACCGUUGGCAGUAACAAAAGACAAACUCAUGACUCCUUUUUUCUCAGUUUCCUGAAGAGGAAGCAACGAAUAUAUAUAUUCUUAAAGAAACUUAUGUAAUGGCUUAACUUUUUUAAAAGGAAAAAAAACUGUGGAUCAGAGAGAGACUUCAACCAAAACUAAAAACAUAUGGUAGUACUAAAGAAGAAGAAGGAGCAUAGAAAAAAAAAAUGGAGCUCGAACUAGGUAUGAAGAUCACUCGAACAAAAGACGAUGUCUCUUCCUCUACAGAUUUUAGGGUUUCCAGAGAUGCUUUUGGUCAGGUCUCGCUUUCUCGAGAAACCGAGUCUGUGUUCAUUCUCACUCUCCAUCUCAAAGGAUUUAAGAAGAAGGGUAUUGAUAUUGAUAUAAACGAAGAAGGAGAUAGGAUUACUAUAAGUGGAAGGAAGAAAGUAGAAGAAAUGGUUUUGAUAAAGUGGGUGGAAUGGAAGAAGGAAACUGAGAUUCAAGAAUUCAAGAAAGUGUUUAAGAUUCCAAAUAUCGUGAAUCUUGACAAGAUCAAAGCUAGGUUUAGUGAAGAAGAUGAGACUUUGACAGUUACAUUUCCCAAGAAAUUGAAGGGGAUAACUGGUUUGAAGAUUGAGGAGGAAGAGGAGGAAAAAACAGAGCCAGAAGAGGAGGAAACAGAGGAAAUAACAGAGCCAGACGAAGAGAAAACAGAGGAAAUAGCAGAACCAGAAGAAGAAAUCAAAGAGGAAACAAUACCUGAGGAAGAAGAAGAAGAAAAGAUUGAAGAAGAGAUAGUGGAAGAAGAAGAAGAAACAAAGGAUCAUGAGGAAGAACCUGAAGAAAAAGAAAGUAAACCUAAAAAGAAGAAAAGAAAAAAGUUUUGUUUUCCAUGUGUUGCAGGAUCUACUCUGCUUAUGUCAAUUAUUGUUUUCAUUAUUCAAUUGAUACAAUCCAGAAGAAAAUGAGAUUUAACAUUAGGGUUUCUUUGGGUAGAUUUUUUUUUUUGUUUUUAAGGACAAGACCCAUUAUUUCUUACUACUCUGUUUUGUCAGAAAAAAAAAUCGGAUUAAUAUUGUGUAAUGUGAGUUUGUUUUGUUUCA